AUGAAGUACUUCACCGCCAUCACUGUCGCUCUCAUGGCCUCCCUCCACCUCGCCGGCGCUGCCCCAGCACCUCAACCCGAGGCCGCAGCCGAAGCCGAGGCCAACCUCUUCACCCGCGCAACCUCAGUGUCCGUCUCCUACGACCCCAAGUUCGACGUGGCAGGCUCCUCUCUCAACACAGUCUCCUGCUCAGACGGCGUGAACGGUCUCGUGAGCAGAUACCCGACCUUCGGCUCACUGCCCACUUUCCCCCGCAUCGGAGGCGCUCCCACCAUCGCCGGGUGGAACAGUCCCAACUGUGGCAACUGCUACUCCCUGCACUACCAGGCUGGCAAAGUCGACAAGACCAUUAAGGUCAUUGCCAUCGAUGCCGCACCUGGUGGCUUCAACAUUGGUACGCAGGCUAUGAACUUGCUCACCGAUAACCAGGCUGUGGCAUUGGGUCGUGUCACGGCUACCUACACCCUACUUGCGGACAGUGAGUGUGGGUUGUAG